CACAGCCCCGCUCCCACCAGGCCGCGUCCCUUCUGUCGGCUCCUUCUCCAUUUCGCUCCUUCCCCACGCGCGCGCGCGCACGGAUCGCGUUUUUCUCCGCGGAGGGGACUGCACAUGACGAAGAGGAGCGCCAGACAUGAUGGUUGCUGACAACGACUUGGUGAAAUGUUUUUGACACCGUUUUGGAAAGGUAAAGACAUUUUCCCAGAUGACCUCGGCGCACUUUUCGAGCGCGAUGGAACUGCCCGACGUCUGCCACAGCAAGCACCACAUCGAUUCCAGGAAGAGCCCCGCGAUCAGCGCCAUCAUGUUCGCCGCGGGUCUCCUGGGCAACGUGGCCGCCCUGGUGAUCCUGGAGAUCCGGCGCCGGCGAGACCUGAAGGCCGCGGGCUGUCGACGACGUGCGCUUUUCCAAGUCCUCAUCACGUCGCUGGUGGUCACCGACUUGGGCGGAACGUGUCUGGUCAGCCCGCUCGUGCAGCUGUCGUAUUCGCACAACAUCACCUUGGAGGGGAUGUCGCCGAACACGCACGGGGUGUGCGCUUACUUUGGAUUCAGCAUGACCUUCUUCAGCUUGGCAACCAUGUCUCUUCUCCUAACCAUGGCUCUCGAGAGGUCCUUAGCUAUCGGCUACCCCUACUUGUACAACCGUCACGUCACCAAAAAAUUAGCCUACAUCACAAUUCCCGUGGUUUUUUUGGUCUCCAGUCUAUUCUGUCUCCUCCCUUUUGUGGGAUUUGGGAAAUAUGUACAAUACUGCCCCGGCACGUGGUGCUUCAUUGAUAUGAACUCAGAGUGGAAGAAACACAGAGUCUACGCCAACCUGUACGCCACCGUAAUGUUAGUACUGGUGCUAGCCAUAGUGGCGUGCAACGCCUUCGUGGUGUACCAGCUGCUGCGCAUGUACCAGCGCCGUAGGAGGAACGGAGGCUCCGUCACGGCGAGCACGCGCUCCAAGAGCGAGCGCAGGCCCACGUCUAUGGCGGAGGAGGUGGAGCAUCUCAUCCUGCUGGUCUUCAUGACGAUCAUCUUCAUCAUCUGCACGCUGCCCCUUGUGAUCCGCGUGUACAUCAAUUCGGUGGGGGUCCGCAGCGAGUCGCACCCCCUGGAUCUGAUCGCGCUGCGUUUUAUCUCGGUCAACUCCAUCAUCGACCCGUGGGUCUUCAUCCUCCUCUCUCCCGGCGUGCUGCACUUUUGCUGGGCCUCCGUCUGCCGAUUUCCCCGAAGAAGUCUGAAGGCUUCUCCUCUCAAAUUGCCGGAUGCCAAAGACAUUCGGGCAAACGUAGAGCUGUCGCGCACACAACUGGAGUACAAAGAGUCAUUUGCACCUCGACAAAAUGUAUGACGACUAACAAAAAAAAAAAAAUAUUUUUUAAAUUAUUUGAUAGUUCUAUUUAUUUUUGCUCUCAAAAAGGCACAUAGUUGGAUCCUCUCGCUAAUCACAUGAGGCGCAGCAGUUUUGGCCGUGUUAUCUAUUUUUGGGCAGUUCCUUUUUUAUCAGCUGCUUGCAGCUCCUUAUCAUUCAUUUCCGGGUUGUUUUCAUACUACUUGUAGUCCAGAUAUUGUAUGGCCACACGUGUGUAUUCUAUCGAGCUAUGUGCUCUUCCAAACAAUGAUACAGUUGAAAGAAAGUCCAACAAAGUCGUCGUUGUAAAAAAGAAUACUAUUUCAGGUCGCCAUCUAGGUCUUGUUGUUAGGUACAAUUCAUUGAUAGUGUUUCAUUGUCUGUAUUUGGCAUGUCCUGGCAUGUUGGUAGUCCUUGAAUGUACCUCACCCCCAGCCAAAGUGAAAAUGUUUGUUUUUCCUUCCCUCCCAGCAACAGCUACUAAUGGCCACGUGGUCUACUUUGCCAUUGCAAUUUCCUAACACUGACUUGUGUGUAAAUGCCCCAAAGUGAGUCAAAAGACAGUUUCUGUGUAAAAAAAAAAAAAAAAAAAAAAGUGCUGGUGAGCACGUUGAUUUGUCCUUGUGUGUUGUCGAGUCUUUUUGCGCUAGCGUGUUAUUUGUGCGAGUAUUAAUCUAAUACGAGUGAUGAGUCUCAUAAGAAUGUGGUUUGUUUGUGUUGAGUAAUUUAACUACUGAAUAUUGUCUUUGAUGUACCAUGGGUUUAUGAUUGUGUACUUGCUAGAUGUUGAUGCUUUAUGGUCUUGCCCGUUUUGUUUUGAGUGCUUUGCCGUCUCUUUACGUCAUCUAUGCAAAAUUACUGACCUUUUUUUUCAUUGGUGGAUAAACCUUCAUUGGUGCAAAGAGAUGGCACAUCCUCACGCCAACACUACAUCUAUUGAUAUAUGUUCUCAGGUGCUUAAAGCAGAUACUUCUGUUAUUUUCUUACUUAGUGUGCUUGUCACGUGUGUGUUCCAGCAGUUUGUGCGUGCAUGUGUGUGUGGUUAUGGAGCAAAUGUCCAAGUUUUGUCACCACUUUCUCUCUAAUUUAGCAGGACACUGACACUUUAUUUUGCCAUUUCAAAGUCGAUAAGGAAUUGACCCCUCUGUGGAUAUUGCGCAAUCCGCGUCACUGACCAAUCAGAGGCCAGAGAUCUGCAUAGACCAAAGCCCGUUUUUGCUCCCGCCAUUUUCUCAGACAACAUUGCAUGGUCCAGUAUAGGUUUAGUUAGCGUUUUAUUGCGUAUUUGGGUUAUUUAACAAAAAAUAUGGUUAAGAGGUGUAGUCACGGACUUUGUAAUAGUGACGACAGGUAUCCUGAAAGGCUAGUUGGUGGAGUUCGAUUCGUACCCUUUCCAAAACCGAAGACCCAGUACGAAAAAUGCCUUCGAUGGAUCAAACUUUGUGGAAGACCGCAUCAUCAACUAAAUCCAUCUAAUAUCAACCGGAACACAUAUGUUUGCACGAAGGUAUGCCCUAUAUUUGAUUUUCAAUACAUGUCUCGUACAAAUGAAUUCGAAGUUCUUCGCUAGCAUAACACUGCUGCGUGUGAACGAUUGACACACUUAUUCUUUGUUGAGCGAUAUUUAGCGAUGAUCGGACUGCACAAACGUAUUGAUAUCUUGCUGGCUCGCGGCCAGAAGCUUAACCAGACUGUGUUUGCACGAAGAUAUGCCCUAAAUUUGAUUUUUAAUACACGUCUCGUAUAAAUGAAUGAGACGUUCUCCGCUAGCAUGACAUUGCUACGUGUGAAUGAUUGAAUGAAAUCAGAAGCAUGGCGUCUUUCUCAGUUAAGAAUGUAUUGUAUUUAGAAUCUAUAAUUAACUUCAGGAGGCGUGGUUAAGUGCUCUGUACUGAGGGGUCAAUUAGGAAAUGCCCCACCUCAACCAAACAAGAAGUUGUUUUUAUUUUUAUUUUUUACAAACAUCAUGUUUUUCUUAACAUUUAAUUAAUUUCCUAGAAAUAAUACAAUUCUACAAAUAUUAGGUUGUUGCAUUUCAGGCUUAUGAAGGGCUGUGUAUGAAAUGUACAUUCCAGUAAUUAAAAAUGCUCAAACGCAACGCUACAUAAAUGUUGAUGUAACGUGGAAGUCUUGUGCCAUGUGAUUACGUCAUUACUUACUGUAGAUGAACGCGAGCUCGCUGAUUGCGCCUGUGUGUCAUCCAGUAAAUAUUUGG